CCACGGAGGACAGUUAAGCACUACGAUCGAAGGUUCCAACAGAGAUGCAUGUUGCUCUUCUGUUCACUUUACUUGCCUGUCUAACCAACCCUGGUGACGCUGGAAGACACCAAGGAUGCCCCGAAGACUGGACAUUGGUGAAUACAAAGUGCUACAAAUUUGUGGAAGAAGACGUUAUAAGAUAUACUGCAGCGUCAAGAUGUAGCAGACGAUAUACUGCCUCCCUAGCAUUGAUUGAGAACAAGGAAGAGAAUAAAGCCGUCCAAGAUCUUAUCCACGGCCAGAGAUUCGCUUGGAUUGGUUUACAUCGCAGAUGGGAUUCCAAACGCUUUAAAUGGGGCGACAGCAAUGAGUUAGGAUUUGCUAACUGGUGGAGGCCCCUUAGGUCGGAUUAUAAAACAUGCGCAGUGAUACUCGAUUCUGGCUAUUGGCAACCUAAGUCUUGUUUGGACAAAAUACCUUAUGUAUGUUGGAAAAGACCUGAUUGUGAACCCGGAUGGUUUGGAGAUGAAUGUGAGCGCCAGUGUCACUGCUACCUGGGCCAUGACUGUAUGGACGAACCUUGUCCUUAUGGGUGCGAGCCGGGAUGGUAUGGAGAAAGGUGUGACACACGAUACCAACAACAAUCUGCAGUGUCCUUCUACUGUAUGAAACAAAAGGAAGGAGGCUACUCUCUGAUGGUUUCCUUGGGCCGGCCAAGUAUAUUCCACCAAAGAAUUGGUGUUGUGAACGCUGAGGGAGAGAUCAGUCCCAACUGUAGCAGUGAUAGACUGGAAAGGCACAACCGUAGAGAAAUACGUUUAAAUGUUCACAUUCAAAACGUGUCAGGAGUUUUGGAAGCAAAUUGUCCUGCAGAAACAGUUGCUGAUGGGAUCCUGCAAUGGACGUUAAGAUUUCAGAAAGAAGAAGGUGUAGAAUCAUUUGAAGACGAGGAACUUCAAGUCCAGUGUGAUCUGUCUGAAGCUGAUGCUGCAUAUGAUGUUGAGAGGGUUGUGAUACAGGACAUUCGUAAGAGGACCCUAACUACUGCCACACAGACAGGAGUCAGUGUACGGACAUACCUAGCUGAUCCUGGAACUCUGGAACCGGCCACGAACCUCAGCCUUGGUGUUCCUGUCAGACUGGUGGUCACGCUACCUGAAGGGGACGAUGUCGUCAAUCCGUUCUUUGACCCUCGGAACUGUCAAGCUGCAUCUCUAGAUGGGAAGGUUUCUUUCCAACUGACCACAUCGGUUGGUUGUCCUCCAAAUAUAAACGAAAUCGGUUUUGGGAAAAUGGUCAAGACCUCUGGCAUUUUCCAGUCGGAGAUAUUUCCCAUGUUCCGGCUGCGAGGAUACACCGAAUUGGUGUUCAGUUGUACUCUUGGGGUAACCUCCUUAACUCAUGCGGACUAUCAGACACCGAGAUGCUCCUGGUGAAAGGUCAGCUGCAAAGGUCAGCUGCAAAGGCCAGUGCAGAGUUCUAACAUACAUGUCAGGCAUUACAGACUACAAAGUCUGUACUAAGAUGACAAACUUUUGCUGACAAUAAUGACUUGCAGUGUGUUGUUGACUUUUUAGGGGCGGUAAUAGAUAACAAGUCUGAAUGAACCAAAGGCAUUGAAAAUUCUAAACAAUAAAAAUAAAUUUUCAA